ACAAAAUCCUUUAUGGCAUUUUACUAUAUUAAAAGAAAUCAAAGAUCAACAUAUUAAUUCAGAAAAUGAGUUACCUGAGAACUGGUUUGAACCAUCUAAGCCUCGAGAUGAUUUUGAUCAGCAAGAAGUCGUAGAGUCACUUUUAGAAGCUCAAUUGCUUAA